CUAAUUUGUCUGUAUUUUGUUUUAGAUAAUGGAAUAAAUCAUGCGGCCUCUGAAUCGAUGGAUGCACAAAUCCCAAUUUUUUCUGUAUUUAGGACUUCAUUUACUAGUACUAGUAGUCUAAGUACUAACUGCUAUAAGUUGCUCUGUUGCUGUUCUGAAAGGUACUCCAAUGGUCAUGGUCAGGAGAGGAGCUAGCGCUACUGCUUUUAUCUCUUUGGCUAGUGCUCUUCAAGGCUUCAUCACUUGGCUUGACAGCACAUUCUGUUCCUCCAAUGUUGUGGCUUCUCCACUUCUCUUGCCGUCUUCUCUUUUUCUCUUGUUGAUCAGAUCACCUUGGCCUUGGUUUGCUCCUAUCCAUCCACAUGCUGGAGGUGUCCCACAUGUCUAACUGCAGCAACAUCACGACCGCGGCCGCGCCCGAGGCGCCGUCGUCGCCGCUGGACUACGACGUGGUGGUGAUCCUGGCGGCGAUGCUUUGCGCGCUGGUGUGCGCGCUCGGGCUCAACACGAUGCUCCAGUGCGUGGUGCGGUGCACCCGCCGCGCGGUGGCCGACCCCGUGGGCUGGGUCGCGCACCGCCGCGCCAACGUGGGGCUCAAGCGCGAGGACGUCGUCGCGCUGCCCGUGGCCACGUACGUCGCGUCGCCCUCUCCGGCGCGGCAGCAGCAGCAGCAGCAGGCGUCCGGCGCCGGGUGCGCCAUCUGCUUGUCGGAUUUCUCCGACGGGGAGAGGAUCCGGGUGCUCCCCGUGUGUGGGCACCAGUUCCACGUUGUGUGCAUCGACAGGUGGCUCGUGUCGCACUGCUCCUGCCCGACGUGCCGGCGCCGCCUCUCCUCCGUGUCCGUCGGAGACGGUCACCACCACCUGCAAAUUUUGACUGUUGCAUGAUCGAUGAGUUACAUUUUCCCAAAGAUCAUUGCUCCGGCAUAUACGUACAUGUAAGAUGUUGAGCGUGACUGUUGCAUGCUCGUCGGGUAACCUGUAACGUACUUGUUUGAUGGCUCACUUUGCCAUCCUGCAGGAGAGCUCUUUUGCAUA